UGGAUUUUAUUUUAGAUUUGAUGGCUCUGUGAUCAUAAUUCCAAGAUAGUUUGUAAGCCAUAUGAUCAUUUGGCGAAACUGAUGCGAGAUUACAUUCCUCCUGUGACUUGCUCCCUGGAACUCGAUUCUACGACAUUCGUUGUCAUUGCUUCUGUUCAUCUUAACAAAGUCACCUGAGAAUCAUGGGCGCCGAGCAGGAGGUCGGACAAUUCGAUGUUCGCAAAACACUAUCAGGAUGCCUACCCCGUCGUGACAAAGACAACGAUCAGUGGUGGAACCUCACCGGCAAGCAUCUAGCGAUACUCCUCGAGGCGGCUGAGUACUCCCUUGAGAGGCAGUACGCAGCCCUUCUGUUCCACUACCACUGGACGAUUCCCUACAUGGGCGAAGCACCUCCCCUGAACCAUACAACGCCUUCGAAGGGCAAGGCCAGCCUUGCCCUCGACGGCUCGUCGAUUGAAUACUCGUGGAAGUGGAACUCCCUCAAAAGCCCCCCAGAGGUGAGAUACACCAUUGAGCCCACCGGACAAUGGGCAGGGACCGAGCUGGACCCCUUAAACCAACAUGCGACACGCCAGAUGCUGCAUGAUCUUCACGGCCUGCUGCCGGGACUUGAAAACACCUGGUCUAGUCACUUCUUUGCGUCCAUGUUCGACCAUGACAAUAUCCAGUACGUCAAAGAGGCGGCUCAAGGCCCGAAGCGACGUGCCACUACCAACAUGGCUGUGGAACUGGUGAAGAACGGUCCAAUCAUCAAGACAUAUUUCCUACCGCAAAGGCUUGGUCAGAAGGGACCAGUGCCGAUUGAGCAGUGGCUGGGUCCCCUGCGCACAUUGCAUCCUGACAGCCCCUCUAGGGAUGCUGUCCUGGACUUUAUUGCGAUAAAUGCCGAGGGCAAGACUCUCGUACCUUUCGGUAUCGGCAUUGACAACAUAGUGCCAGAGAAGGCGCGGAUAAAGUGGUACUUCCACACUCCGCACACGAGCUUCAAUUCUGUUCGAGAAAUCAUGACACUUGGGGGGAAGAUUGCCAUACCCAACAUGGAUAAUCUCUUCGACCAGCUUCGCACCCUCAUUACCAGCAUUAAUGGGGUACCGGCUAGCUUCCCUGAUGAUAAGGAGGUACCUUCAGGUUCUGAACUCGACCCAGUGGGCAGUAAGAAAUAUAGCUGCGUGGCGGAGGCGCUGUCAGGCUACCUCUAUUACUUUGAUGUCUGCCCAGGGAAAGAACUUCCGGAGAUCAAACUCUACAUCCCAACGCAGAGCUAUGGACCUGAUGACCUUAGUAUAGCGCGCGCUCUUAUAGCAUGGAUGGAUGCACAAGAAAGGGGUUCAUACUGCGAGGCCUACUUGACUGCUCUGCAGAGACUUGCCGAGCAUAGGAGGCUGGAAGACGAUAAGACCUUGCACACCUUUGUGAGCUGUGCAUUCAAGAAGGGCGAGAUUGAUGUGACUUCAUACUUGGGGGCGGAGGCAUUUCAUCCGGGUAGAACGUCUCGCAAAGGAAGACCUGGUUUGAGGCGAGAUGAGUAGUGGUAGGGAAAUGAAAAAAG